CUCGACUUACAUUCAAAAUUUGGGAUAUCAUUUUGUAUUGCUGUUUCUGUGACAUUUGCGGCUAUUCUUAACUAAUAAUCAAUAAACAAACGUAUUUUUAAAGCUAUUUGAAGACGUAUGUGGUCGUCGCCAAUAUGUUCCUUUCGUAUUAUUACCAGUUAAAAGACCUCUAUUGAGUUUUUAAAUAAAAGUCAAUAUUUAUUGACUUUCAGUCAAGGCUGUUAACAAUCACUAGAGAAAGUCAAAUGAUAAUAAAUUAGUGGGUGUAGAAGUUGCUAGAUAUCAUAGAAUCACAAUUAUAGCAAUGGAAUAAGCAGAGAAACGCAUGAUUUUUUUGAAUACCUACAUAAAAAAAUGAUAACGGCAUCAGUACCUAAAUCUACGGCGGAGGAUCUUGUAUUAAGAAAUAGCAACGAACUCGGCAAGAGUUGAUUAAUCCCUGAAUUAUUUCAUACAAAUUCGUCAUAUUCAAAAAUAUAUUUCAAGAGUAUUUUAUUAUUUCUUUUUUUUUUAAAUAAUAUGCAUAAAUAAAAAUAAACUCCAUUCCAUGCAACCAUGAGAUGAGAAUAUAAAUUUAUUAGAGUUAUUAACAUUUUCAGAAUACGUGAAUGAAGAUGGCAUAACUGUGGACCCAAAUACUGGGUCUCCUAUUUCCGAUUCUUCCGAAGCUGUUACAAUUCCCAAGCCUAGUGCAGUAGUCGAACCCACCGAAGUUCUCAAGUACCCAUGUGAAAUAUCAGAUUCGAAAGUAUCGAUGCCUGGGUUUGUGUGCAAGGGACAACUGUUGUUUGAAGAUAACUUUAAUGCAAAUCUGGAGAAGGGGAAAGUUUGGAGUACCGAAAUAAUGUUUCCGGAAGCACCGGACUAUCCGUUCAACGUUUAUUUAAAUGAUCGCAAUUUGAGGGUGAGAGGCGGCGUCUUAAAAAUACGCCCCGUCACAUUGGAAUCCAAAUAUGGAGAAGACUACGUUACUCAAUCAUUGGACCUUACUGCUAGAUGCACCGGUGACUUGGGCACAAACCAAUGCACCCGAGAAUCAUCAGGAGCCCAUAUUCUGCCACCCAUCAUCACCGCGAAAAUCAACACCAAGAACCGUUUCAAUUUCAAAUAUGGCCGCGUCGAAGUUAGGGCCAAAAUGCCAGUAGGAGACUGGUUGAUUCCAAUAAUUCAAUUGGAACCUCGUGACUACGCAUACGGCUCAAAGAAUUAUGCGUCCGGUAUUAUGCGUGUUGCGUACGCGAAGGGUAACGCUGAAUACUACAAGAAAUUGUUAGGAGGCUCUAUUAUGUGCGAUACUGAACCUUACAGGAGUGCGCAUUUGAAAGAGAAAAUAGGACACGACCAUUGGGCAAAUGAUUUCCAUAACUACAGUCUUGAAUGGAGACCAGGUAAUAUAUAUUAAUUACCCCUUAAUAAUAGUGAAAAAAAAAUGUACACAAUUCAUUUUCAAAUCUAUGUUCAAAAUAUGAACUUACUACGAGUAUUAUUUAUUUUCUUCACGAAAUACUUGUAUUUUAAAUGCACUGAACGUUCAGUUUAACUGUUUAUUAACCCCC